UCUCUUUCCCUGUUCCCUCUUGUCGCCCUGACAAGUGCUCAACGAAAAUUGAAAAAAAAUAUCAGAUGAAUUCGUCGUGUGAUACGUCGUGUGCCACAGAAAUGGGCCAAGUGCUCAUGUAGUAAUUGUCGAUCACUGGACAUCACUUCCUCGAGGUUGUUCAGCUUCUGGUGAUACAUAUUUGUUUUUUUCCAUCAAUUUUUCAACUUUUCUCUCAACGUCAACGAGGUGGAGGAUUUUCCACGUUUGAGCCCACGUAUUUCUCGACACACCAUCCACGCCGUCGACGUAAUUGUCAGCGAAAUGGAGCAGAAGAGGGUGUACAAGGUCGUACUUACUGGAGGUCCUUGUGGGGGAAAAACCACAGGCCAAACUCGUCUCUGCACAUUUUUCGAGAAUAUGGGAUGGAAGGUGUUCCGUGUCCCCGAGACAGCGACUGUGCUGCUCAGUGGUGGAAUCAAGUUCUCAGAUCUCACAGCAGAGGAGGAGAGAGUGCGAUCACGGCGUCGAUUAUGGAGGAAAAGUCGUACGAUUGAGAUUGACAGAUUGAAGUUACCAAAAUGUGAAUAUUCUGGGGAUAAGAGGACACUGAGAAAUUGGAGCAUGACUGAUGAGAGUCAAGCCAAGUGGCCGGAGCUACUCAAGGUCGGCUCUGGUGAGGCUUUCAAGUUCCAGGAGAAUCUUCUGAAGACGAUGAUCCAGAUUGAGAACACAUUCUUCCAGCUGGGUGAAUCGUGCAGCAGAAAUUGUCUGAUAAUAUGUGACCGAGGUGCCAUGGACGCCUCCGCUUUUAUCGCCAAGGACAAGUGGGACCUGAUGACCUCCUCCAACGGUUGGAAUAACGUGGAACUCCGUGACAACCGCUACAAUCAGAUCAUUCACAUGGUCUCGGCGGCCAAUGGAGCUGAGGAAUUUUACUCCACCGAAGAUCACGCCUGCAGAUCUGAGGGAAUGGAACUCGCUCGAGAACUCGAUUACAAAGCAGCCGCUGCCUGGGUUGGACAUCCUUACUUCGACGUAAUCGAUAAUUCCCAGGACUUCGAGUCGAAGAUCUGUCGAAUGAUCGAGUGCAUCUGCCAGAAAUUGGGCAUUGACACCGGUGAUCGAUUGAGGGCGAGUUCUCGCAAGGUUAAGUUCCUGGUGAAAAGCCCGCUACCGGCUGACAGCGAAUUUCCGCCAUUUCAGGACUUCGAUGUCGUCCACAACUAUCUCCAGAGCAAGACACCCAAAUUACAAGCCAGAUUACGCAAGCGCGGACAGAAAGGUCAUUGGUCGUAUAUUCACACAUUGAGGAGACCAAAAAUGUGUGGACAAGUCGUUGAAGUGAAGACCCAGCUGACGCACAGGGACUAUUUAAACAUGCUUGCGCAACGCGACGAUUCGCACUUCACAAUAUUCAAACGUCGUCGAUGCUUUCUCAUCAAUAAUCAGUAUUUUCAGCUGGAUAUCUACAGGGAGCCCGGACAUCCAAGGUGUAGGGGCUUGAUGCUCUUGGAGACUUACACAGCCCUAGCUGGUGAAGAACUAAAGAACAUUCUUCCGAGUUUUCUAUCGAUCGAGAAAGAUGUCACUGGCAAUCCGGACUACAGUAUGUUCAAUCUCAGUCUCAGGGAGGAGUGGAAUACCACUGGCAGCAAGUACUCCUAUUUACACAGCGCAAUCAACGGUGCACUGAGGGUAGAUUUUACAAACAACCAAUGCAACACCAAGGACGACAACAAAUUACACCAGAUUAAUGGAAUUAAUCAGUUGAAUGGUGAUAAGGGAGUGAAUGGUGAUAAAAAUGGUUAUGACAGGAAAAAUGGUGUUGAAAAUGGGUUUAACGGGAUUAAACACAACGGGGUUUGUUCGACGAAAAAAAUUGAUAAGAGUGUCAACGGUGAUUGCAAAAAUGCGCUCAAUAAUCGAUUGAAAAUAUGAGGGGGAAGAUCGCAGGAGAAUUUUUAAAGAUCGAGAGAGAGAGAGAUUCAGUUGUUGAGGAGUGGUAACUCAGCGAGGAAUUUUUUAAAUAUAUUUUUUAUGAUUAUUUUCAAGGUCGAAAGAGUUUAUUAGAAAUUUCCAACUUUAUUUGAUUAUUUGAUAAGAGUUUUUGAAACGAUUUAUACGUAUUUUUUGAAAAAUUUUUGACUUUCUUUUACGUUUGUCUCCUGUCGUGGAAAUGUGUCUGCGAUAGUUUCUCACUUAUCUCGAAAACUGUUGACCCUACGAGAAAAUGUCAUGAGACCUUUUUUGUAGAGGAUGAAAUUUUCCGGAAUAAAUUACUUAACAAUUUUCUCACUAGAAUCAGUAGUUUCGGUGAUAAUCACGAUAGAAAAUUUGAAAAGAUUAAAUUCUUACGUUUUACCACUUCGCAACAGACUUAUUCAUUAAAUUCAUCAUCAAAUUGUCUCAUUACAUUAAUUAAAAAUUAAAUGUUGAUAAAACACGUAGUUAUUUAAAUUUUAGAGAUGAUGACUAGUGGUAGAAUCACGUAGACAUUCAUUUUGACGAUUGAAAUCGAUGUAAAGAAUUUAUUUUUCAGUUAUUGUUUUUUGAGAGAAAAAUCGUUAGUUAAAUUGUACUUAAUGCUAAAGUAUUUUCUUCGACCCUUGAAUCACACGUAAUUAAGUCACUUCAGAGUUUGCCGGAAGUAUUUGACAAGGGGAAGUAUCCGUUUUACCGAAAAAAUCUAAAUGUGAUAAAAAAAACAAGAAAAAUAGAAAAAAAAUACUGAAUUUAACGUUUCAAAGAGAAUAAAUAGAUUCAUCACGAUAUUUAUUAUCAGAUCACGUCAUUCACAUGAAAUUACGAUGAUGCCCGUCAUUUGUGUGGUUGAUGAGUCAUGAUUGGUCAGAUCAUCAAUUGAUUCUUUGAAUUACUCAAUAGAAUUUUAAAAAAUUGGGAAUUUCUCGCUUGUGAAUUGUGCAUUCGUGAAAUUAAUGGACAUAGGGAGAAUUGAGAUGGUUGUCCUAAUUGACACUGUUGUAGAGAUCAUUUAUGAUUCACUUGAAGUGAAUGGAAAAUUAUUAAACAGAAACACUGGUUGUUUUUUCACUGAAUACGGUGGAUCUAGAGGUCGGUGAAUGGCCCUGACACUUGAGAAUAACUUCAAAUGCAUGGCAAAUACGGGGAAAACCCUUAAUUGGGGGGAUUUACGAGAAAAUGUGAUAAGAUAUUUUUUGUCAGAAAUUUAAUUUCCUACAAAAGUGUUUUUAUCACUUUUAUCUGUAAGGCCAAGCAUUAACGAGAUAAUUAACUAUCUAUCAGGAGAAACUGACGAAAUUUGGGAAAUCAGUUCAACACGACUUGAUUAUUUCGUCGUUCAUUAUCUCGUUACUGAAUUGAUUUACGCAAAAAUGUGAUAAGAACUUUUUUCUAGAGAAUGUAGUUUUCUACAAAAAAGUCGUAUGAUAUUUUUCUCUAAUCUGAUAAUCGUGCGAGAUAAUAGGCAUUUGACAGGGACAAACACGACUUCCUUAAUUUCCUCUUAAGAAGUUAUACCUCAUUCAAGUUAUUUUCCCAAUUUUUAUAAAAUUUUAUCUCAUUUCUAUAAAUUUUCUCUUACGACAGUGACAAUAAACAAUUCAAUACUAUCAACAAUUGAUCGCAAAUACGAAUUCAUCAUUAUGAAAUUAUUUUUGCUACUGAAUUCUCAUUUAUAAAAAAAAUUCGUUAGAAAAAUUGACAAAAAAACGAAAAAAAAAAUCGGGGUGAAUUCUCACGGACGCACGAUGCAAUUCUUUAAUUUCCCCUGCCCCACUGUAAUAAUUAUUUAUUGUAGAUAAUAACGAGAGUCAAGAAUUUUAGACGUGAGAGAAAAAAAAAUCAUGAAAAAUUGGGUAAGAAAUUAUCAGUAGCCAUUGGUUGUACUUAAUUAAUGGACAUGUACCUAAUGAAUUUUCAAAAAGUAUGAAAAAUCUCGAAUCUCCUCUAAUGAAUUAAUCAUUUAAUUAAUAAUUAAACUAUCAAUUGUUUAACUGAUUUUUCAAUCGUAAUUUACCGAAUUAUUUAAGAAAAACGCGUUUGAAAACCUCUGGAAAUAAUCGAGAUAAAGUGCCUGCGAGAAUAUUCGAAUGCAUAAACAAUAUAACAAAAAAAUAAUGAAUAAACAAUUUCAGAUAUAUUUUCAAUGAUGAAUGCUAUAAGAAUGAUAAUGUAACUUGCAAUUAUUUAAUGAAAAAAUGAAAGAUGAUGAUUUCGUCGCUAUUUGACGUUGUACCUAAGAUUUUAAGAAUAAAAUAUCCUUCGUCUGC